AUGGAGAUUCGCCCUGCGGGCGCACCAGUCCCGUCCGAAUCGCCCUCCCUCCCGCAGUCCGCCCCGCCCCGUAAACGAGUCCGCCGCUGGCAUCAUCGAGGUUUCACCGGUUGUUCUACCUGUCGUCGUCGCCAUGUUCGAUGUGAUGAGGCCUCGCCUACUUGCAAUAACUGUACGAGAUUGGGACUCGAGUGUGAUGGUGCUCAGGGGAGAAUGACCUUUAAGGUCUAUGGACCUAACCAAGAGCCGCCAUCCAAGGGUUCCAAGACGCGAAAGAAGGCUACCGAGUCCGCCGCGUGCGAUACCAUACCGGGCACAGGAACUUUUGCUAUAAAGCAUGGAAGAGAUACAGAGCCAUCUGAGGCUAUAGUGGUCUCUCCAAGUACGGCAUCAUCACAAUGGAGGAGCUUUCGUUUCCAAGAAUCCAUGCCGUCCCGUCUUGUUCCUGCAUCUAUUGAAGAAACAGAUGAUCGGUACUUCAUGCACUUUAUCGAUCGAGUGUCGACCCUCCUCAUUAUUUACGAUAAUUCCAUGAAUAUCAAUCCUUAUCGGAGUUACUUCCCCGAUUUUGCGCGUUCAUCUCCUUCCAUGGUCGGUGCUAUGCAAGCACUGGGCGCCUUGCAUCUAGCCAAUACCUCUCUGGGACCACAACGCAACUCACAUCUUCAGCACGCUAUGAGUAAAUACGGACAGGUGGUACAGCUGUUUCGCGCCCGCUAUGGACGAACGACUCAACAACUUGGAAUGACGGAUUUCGCAACAUGCUUAUUACUUUGUUUGUUUGAGGUGAAUCAAGAUCAUGAUCAAAAUGUAAGCGAAAUUGUUGCUGACCAGCGCCAGAUGAUGGACUCUCAAAACCAUAAUUGGGCCGUGCAUCUCAAGGGUGCCCGCGAGAUCUACAACCUUCUUUUCUAUCCGCACACCGGCCGCACCUCUACUCGGGAGGAGCAGCGAGUCGCCGAGUGUAACCAUCCCCUCCGGUCAUUUCUUGUGUCUUUACUCUCUUAUCUGGAUGUUGCCGGUGCAUGUGCCACCCCAGGUGGCACAGUUGUGGAGGGAAACUAUUGGAAGACCCUCGGAGGUGGGUGGGAGUACAAUCUUGGAACCCCCAGCCUGUCAUCACCAGCAACCCCGGAUAACCCGACAUUGGUAGAAUUACGUUAUGCAUGGUCGCAUAUGAUGGAGGUGCAAGCUGCGAUUAGUACUUUCGCUCGUGAUAAACAAUGGAUGUCUCCAGAGCACCAAGACAUGGUUUAUAAAGAAAUCUUCAACCAAUUGGUGGUUUGGCGAGCUAGUACACCCAUCAGUCUUCAGUUACUUGGAGAUAUGGGACUGGAUGAUGAAAGUCUCCGACAAUUCCCUUUCCCGGAUAUGCUGGAGUAUGUUGGGUGUGUUGAAGCCUACGAGAAAGCAACCUUUGUGCAUCUUCAUCAAGUCGCGGGUGCAGGUCGUCCGCGCUGGAUCACAGAUAGAGCUUAUUUGGAUAUGCUCAUCACUCGUAUCCUUACCUUGAUUCGGAAACUAUCGAAGGGUGUGGGACAAUUGGCGAUCCUAUGGCCUCUUUUCAUUGCUGGACAGGAAACCCGAAAUGAAGCUGAGCAGCAAUAUGUUCGUCAAACGAUGGAGGAGCUGAAGCUGUUUGGAUUCAAGAAUGUUGAUAAAGGUCUGGAAACCUUGGAGGCGGUAUGGUUCAAGCGACGUACUUUUCCUGAGGGCUGGACAGAGACAUUGGAUGAGAUCAAGUCGAACAUUCUCCUUCCUUGA